AUGCUGCCUGCCUUCCAGGUGCACCUGCACCAGCCCAUUCUUGAGCGCGUGGCGCAGGUGGGGAAAUUCGAUGGUCGCCACCCCGCACUAGCGUGCGGCACCACCGCCGGCAAAGUGUUCAUCCACUCGCCCAACGAAAACACCUUCCGCGACAACUCGGAGAGCGACGAGAGCGAGCAGAACAGCGUGCGCUUCCUCAAGAUCAACCGCAAGGUCACUGCACUGGCUGCAGGCAAGUUCGAGGCGGCGGACCAGGGGGACACGCUCGUGGUGGGCACGCAGUCCAGUCUGCUGGCCUACGACGUGGAGAAAAACUCAGACAUCUUCUACAAGGACGUUCCCGAUGGAGUGAGUGCCAUGCUUUUCGCUCCAGCACCCAGGGCUGCAUCGUCAGUGAAUUCACCGUCGCAAAUGGUUGUGGUGGGCGGCAAUUGUUCGCUGCAAGGCUUCGGCCGUGACGGCGGAGAGCUCUUCUGGACGGUCACGGGAGACAAUGUCCGAGCGCUGACUGUGAACGACGUGACCGGUCACGGCCGAGACGAACUCGUUGCCGGGUCGGAUGACUUCGAGAUCCGGGCUUUCCAGAAUGAAGAGGUUGUGUUUGAGUGCACAGAAACAAGUCGAGUGCUCGCCCUCACGGCGAUCAAGAAGCAAAUGUUCGGGUACGCGCUUCAGAACGGAACUGUAGGUGUCUACAAAGGCAAACACCGGGCGUGGCGUGUCAAGAGCAAGAACAUGCCAACCGCUAUCCAUAGCUUUGAUAUCGACGGAGACGGUGAGAAGGAAAUCGUCAUGGGCUGGAGUAACGGCAAGUUUGAGUCGCGUAGAUUGACGAAUGGCGAGGCUGUGCACAAAGAGGUACUUUCGUCGCCCGUGGCGGCACUCGUGACGGCAGAUUACCGCAUGGACGGCAAGGAAGAGAUUAUCUGCUGUUCAGCGGACGGUGAGAUCUGUGGCUACUUCACAGCUACGGGCGAUUUCCCUGCGCCUGGAUCGUCCAGUACCGCUGCCACUGACAAAGCUAGCCAAGAAGAGAAGGAGGUUGCGAAGCUAUCCAAACACCGUGCAGCUCUUCAACUUGAGAUCAAAGCUUUGGAAGCAAACCAAGCUGGUGCGAGUGGAGCGACAGCAGGAAAAGGACUACGCAUCCGCGCCGACACGAACAUCAAGGUUAGAUCUCUGGCUAGCAAGACUGCCACGAACUUCGAGCUUGAACUAUGUACGGAGAAUGACGCUGUUAUCAAGAUGGUGGUGGUGUUUGAAUCGGAGGCGGGGAUCUUCGAGGGCGAGUCUCUGGUAGUUCGUCCAGCGACCAUGAGUCCGACGGUUCGAAUCCCGUUGAAUUUGAACAAGCACGCCGCAGCGCGUCUCGACUUCAAGGUACUGGUAGGCUCACGCGGCCACCACACCUCCUUCCACGUAUUUGAAUGCACCUUCAAGUUGCCAAAGUUCGCAGCAUUUCACCACAUCACCGGCGAAAGCGCGGGCCCGCAGACGACCCCGGAAGGCUACGUGCGAUUUAUCACACCUGUCAAGCCACAGCAAAUGUAUUCGUGGAUAGACAACGCCUUCGUGUUGGCCGAAGCGAUCCCGGAAAGCUCGCAAGCGCAACUGAUGUUCCGCUCGCUUCGUGACAACUCGCGGCUGAACAUCUCCAUUACACCGCAGGAAACCGUGUUCCGAACGGACAAUAUGGAGCUAGCAGCCGAGCUUGUUCAGCACAUGUGCGCAUUUCUCGAAUGGCGUGAGCUCGAAUCGGUGGCCGAGUUCCCACAACAAAUGGAGGAAUUCCGCAACUUGCUCGUGCGCGUGGAUGAGAGCAACGCCAUCCGACUCAAGCUCACCGGCGAAAUGGCGGACGAUUCUAACCAGGUGAAGAAUCUCAUCAUCCGAGUUGAAGACUCGCGAAUCCUCAACGACAUGUCACGCAUGCGGCGCUUCUACUCCGAGCUGUUCUCUCUCAACAAUCAGCUUCUAGGCGAGUACACCAAGCGAAGCACUAACCACCAGGCACUUCUGGAUGCUCUCAAAGAGGUAAACAGCAUGAUCCAGCUUGCGGCGCGGCUGCGCUUCGGCAACGCCAAAUCCACGGUCAUUGCGGCUUGCCGCAAGGCCAUCAAAAACAACAAUAUUCACGCGCUCUUCUACAUCGUCAAGACUGGAAAAGAAGAGCACCAGUAA